AUGAGUUUGGUUACUCCUAAACAUGUUCUUUGGUUUAUUCCAAAUCAAAUUGGAUAUAUGAGAGUUAUUACUGCAAUUAUUUCUUUUGUCACCAUGCCAAGUUAUCCUAAAUUGACUACUUUGAUCUAUGGUACAUCAUGCUUAUUAGAUGCCUUAGAUGGUACAAUGGCACGUAAGUAUAACCAAGUUAGUAAGUUCGGUGCAGUGCUAGAUAUGGUUACCGAUAGAUCUACUACUUCCAGUUUGAUUUGUUAUUUAUGUAUUGCUUAUCCUUCAUUAUCUGUUAUCUUUCAGUUAUUGCUAUCAUUAGAUCUAUCGAGUCAUUAUAUGCACAUGUACGCAACUCUAAGUGAUGGUGCAUCAUCCCAUAAAAAUAUCGGCAAAGAAUCUUCAAAAUUAUUACAUUUUUACUAUACAAGAAGAGACGUUUUGUUUAUGAUCUGUGCCUUCAAUGAACUUUUAUACAUGGGUCUUUAUUUGUUUGGAUUUCAAUCAACUAAAACUUUCGGUACCAUACUAAUUGUAACUUGUUUGCCAGGUUUCAUUUUUAAGCAAAUUGCUAACGUCAUUCAACUGAAUAGAGCUGCAAUGAUUUUAGCCACAAUCGAUGCCAGUGACGCAAAUGAAAGGCAAAAUAAGGAUAAAACAGAAACAAAACCAAAAAAAUAA